UAUAAUGUGAAAUUCAAGUUGCUUACAUUGCCGGAAAAAGUCUUACAAAAAACAACAAUUAUUUUCAAGAUGGCUGAAAGUUAUGCGAAAAAGUAUUUAAAAAAUGGAGAGGUUUCAUUGUGUCUGGUAAUAUUUGCUGGCAAAGACAUAAAGAGCCAGAUGGCACCACAAAAAGCUGUCAGUAAUAUCAAAAAUUUGAUCAUCUCCACGACAGAGAGUGGUUCGCAAGAUAACUGUUCAUUAUUGGCUGCGUACUUGAUAAACAUUUCAUCGAAUAAGGUAUAAAGCGACCAGUUGUGCUUCUAUCAGAUGGUCAUUUGUUGUGAUUUGACUUUUUUUUUUCUUCCUAAUUUUUCUUAAUUUCUUAGUUCUUAAUUUUUUGCGUGAAAAGCAAAUCAAUUUAUUUGUGUCUCCGUCUGAUACUACUGGAGUCACACAGCUACUAGACCAAGCACCAAAUCAACAGCUCCAUCGAUAUUAUAAUUAAACCCGAGAUACUCUUUUCCUCUUUCCAGACAAUAAAUCGAGAAAGGCUCAUGAAUAUCCUUGGAACAAUGUGGAACAAUUGGGCAGUCACUGCCAAUAUCGUAGCAGCUGCUAAGAGAAUUUGUAUAAAUAAGAAUGGUCUUAAUGUUGACGAUUUGCAACAUAAUAAAUAUGAACAAGCAGCUCUCCUUAUUGAUAAAACUGAUGAUGUUUCUCUAGAACCUUCUACUCCUAAGAAAACAAGAAGUGUGACCUCAAAAGACGGACCUUUGGCAACAACUUCAAGAUCACAAUCCAAAGUCGCCAAAACAAAAGGAAGGUAUGGUUCAGCCGAAUAUUGGAAAUCAAUGUAUGAAAUGUCACAAUCAUUCAUCGAGGAAUCAUUUGAGAAAAGCCUCAAUUUAGCAGAAGUGCCUGGUUUACUUUCAGUAAACCGGGUGAAAUCCAAGGAAGUUAAUCAAACAAAAAUAAUAAGGGUCACUAAUGUGUAUGGAUCUCUGGAGGCUCAAGAUGUGCUUUCAAAAGUGGCUUUUCUUGAAGGGGAAAAACAAGAAAAAACAUGAUUCAGAAGAGAAAAAGAAACAUAAGCUUAAAGAUGUUUUAUCGUUGCAAACUGCAAUGCUCUUGUGUAGAAGAUUGUUAUGCAAAAUCUUUAAAAGAGUGCUCGCAAUGUAAUUCCAUUCUUAAAUCUGUAUAUAGUAAAAUGGGUUGUCGUAUUGAUAACAAGAAGCGGACAAUGAUUCUUCCUGCAUCUGCAGCAUCAUCCUUUGAUUCUUAAAAAAAAACACACUCUAUUUUGGUUCUGAUUCAAAUAUUUUAAAUUUUAAUGACUCAAAGAUAUUUUUUUAGAUGAAAUGUUUGUUUAUUGCAUGUCUCUUUUUCAAAAUAUUUUAUGCUAUUCAUUUUUUUUUUUCUCAUUUCAUGUUAUUCAAAAAAUAGUUAUUGCUAUUAUUAAAAUUGUUAUUGUCUUAAAUCUAUACUUUUCUUAUUAUUUUUCAUAUUUCCUAUUAUUCAAAAUAUGCAUUGUUAUUGCAUUAAAAGCUAGAUUUCCUAUUUUAAAGCUAGUGACCCCUUAAAAACUGCAUCCAUAGCACUGCGAAAAAAAUACAAAAUAAACAUCUUUAAGAGUUUGUAAAUUAGUUAAUAUUACAUAGGUGGAUUAGAACAAGUCUAACAUUAUCUAGAAAUAAAAUAAUUGCAAACUUAAAAUUAAACUACUAAACAGUAGGAGGUCAAUAUGCAUAAAUUGAGCAAUUUUUAAAACUAAAAAUUUGAUUUUCAUUCUCUUUUUGAGGAUUUUAAAAUUAUAAGAGGUAAAUUUUUAAUUAAUUUGUCAUCCAGGAUGUUUAAAGAUACUGGAUGACAAAUUAAUUAAAAAUUCAAUCAUUAUUUAAUAAUUCCAUUGUCAUUUGUGGAACCCAGAGCUAAAAGUUUAUACGUGUAGUGUUUAAGGGGGUAUGUGUUUUUAAGGGAACUCUACCUGUAUAUUGAAAAAGUAAUAUUUUAAUAUUAAUUAAUAUUUAAAAAUUUUUUUAUAUUAUAAUUGCGGUGUAUUUCAAGAUACGAUGCUUUAUGAAAUUUUAAGUUCAAUAAAAUUAUGACAAUGGCUCAUGUCAGGUAAAAUAGUAAUAUACAAUACCAAAAUAUUAAAUUUAAAAAAAUUUACAAUCAACUUAGUUAAAUAAAUUUAUACAUAAGCAAAUGUGUUAUUAUUUAAUUAUGUUGUGGUACAAUGACAUGUUCUAUUAUGAGUCUGUGCUUUUUUUCCAGAGUUUAGAAAGAUCAUUAUUUGUUAAACUUUGUUGCUAUAUAAUUGACAGCACUGUCAAUUAUAUAGUACCACUUGAUAAGUUUUCAGAACAAAGUUUAUUUAUAUUUACUUCAUUGGACCCACAAGCUUUAUUUACAAUUACUAAUUGUAUAUUUAUAUUUUAAAAUAACAAAUCAUUUAACCU